AAAAUUUUACGAAAUAAUCAAUCAUUUCAGAUUUCUUUCUGAUUACUGUGGUUGCUAGUUUCCUAGUAGUUAUUUGGAUUUGUAGUUGUGGGCCGCUUUCCUGAUGAUGAUAUUGAAGAAAUUGAAGAUUUUAGACACGGGAAGGUACAUAGCCUUUGAUGAAUAUGAAGGGAUUGAGGUGGCAUGGAACCAGGUGAAGCUAAACCUCGCAUUCAAUCGGCUGAGUCAGAAUAUUCCAUUCUCCUUAGCUUCCUUGAAAUCUCUCCGUUAUUUGAAUCUGAGUCACAAUUCCCUCUCCGGUUCCAUUGGGGACAUAUUUACUGGUCUGAAGAAUCUAAAACAAAUCUAAAACAAAUGUUCUGGACUGUGGUGAGAAGAAUGAGCUUCUGGUAGACAAAACAGAGAACCUCCGCUCACAGGUGGUGAACCUCAAUAUCAUUGAGGGCCUGAACUUGCUGAAGGACUCCGAAAUACUGGUGCUGAUGCCUUUUACUGCUACACAGCUCACCAAAUAUCGAUAAGAAACCGGUCCCUUGGAAACAAUGGCAAUCAUUGGCAACAAGGAGAUCAUUGACAUUAACCAAGGUAUGUUAGCUGCUUAGACUUGUGUAAAAAAAAAAAA